AUGGGCGAGCACUUCCCUGACCUGCGCGGCAAGCUGACAGCGACUGACAUUGGCAAUGCAAAAACCCGCUUCUGGAGAGACACUUCCGGCAAGUGCCCACAUGAGGUGCACUCUGCCAAGGCAGCAGCAGCAGCGGCUGAGCAACAGCAAGCAGAACAACAAGCAGCAGCAGAGGCCCUCAGCGGCAUUCCUGCAGCUACAGCCACAUGGGACGAAGUGGAGCCGUUUCUGGAGUUCGUGCAGCAGGAUAUGGACGCCAACCGAAUUGGCACCUGGCGUGCUGACAACAUGCGCCGGGCCAAAGCGGUGGAACACCUGUGCCGCCUUUGGGAAAGCAGCCUGGCCUUCACAAAAGAGCAGAGGAGAAGGAUUAGGGACUUCUGCAUUGAGUUUAAAGUCAAGCUGUCAACCUGA